AUGAACGUUGCCUCGUCUGGGGAAAAUGAGACCUUCUACCAGCCAGAGAACUUCAUUUUACUAGGGAUCCCAGGCUUGGAAGUGUCCCAUUUCUGGAUAUCUAUUCCUAUGGCUGGCAUGUACGUCCUUACCAUCCUGGGAAACAGUGUCAUACUUGCCAUCAUAAUGCCUCAAGAGACAUUCCACAAACCCAUGUACCUUUUCCUCUCCAUGAUGGCCAUUAUAGACCUCGUGGCAUCAGCCACAACCACCCCCAAGAUCCUUUGUAUCUUCUGGUUCAACUCAAAAGAGAUUGGCUUCAGUGCUUGCUUGGCCCAGCUCUUCUUCAUCCACGCCUUAUCUAUGAUGGAGUCCACCAUUCUUUUGGCGAUGGCCUUUGACCGUUAUGUUGCCAUUUGCCAUCCUCUCAGAUACACCUCUAUCCUGACCAACACCAUCAUCGCCAAGAUUGGGGUCAUGGCAAUCAUUCGUGGAUCGUUCUUUAUGGCUCCGGCUCCUUUCCUGAUACGGAGAUUGUCGUACUGUCAGACCAAUGUCAUCUCUCACACGUACUGCGAACAUAUGGCUGUAGUAAAAAUCGCUUGCACGAACACCACCAUCAAUCAGGCGUACGGCCUUACAGUGGCACUUCUGGUCAUUGCUGUGGACAUUGCUUGUAUCUCUGUGUCGUACUGUGGCAUAUUCAGAGCGGUCUUCAGAUUGUCUUCCAGGGAAGCCCGUCGCAAGGCCUUGGGCACCUGUGGCCCCCAUAUCUGUGUCAUCCUGAUCUCCUACAUCCCGGCUCUCUUCUCCUUCUUUACUCACAGGUUUGGGCACAACAUCCCCCUCCAUAUUCACAUCACCCUCGCCAACCUCUACAUUCUCAUCCCACCCAUGUGUAAUCCCUUGAUCUACGGAGCCAGGACCAAGGAGAUCCGCAGAAGGGUGGUUGCGAUUUUCCGUCAGUAA